AUGGGCCUCCUGCGCGCCGCCUUCGACGCCUUCCUGGCGACCUGCUUCACGUGGUUCGUCACGGCCUGCGGCGCGGCGCUCGUCUUCAUCCUGCCGAGCGACGAGAAGACGCAGCGGCAGAUAUUGCAGCCCAUGCUGGGCUUCGCCGGCGGCGUCAUGACGUCGGCGAGCUUCUUCAGCCUGCUCGCGCCGGCGCUGGAGAUGUCGCAGGCGAGGUACGGGAGCGGCUGGGCCUUCCUCCCCGUGACCGUCGGCUUCGCCGUCGGCUGCUGUUGCAUGCUCGCGUGCGACCAGUACAUGGAGCGCCACGGGUCCCUAGACCCGCUGGAGCUCAUGCAGACCAAGCUGUUGAGCGGCGGCAGCCCGCGCCACGGCGGCAAGAAGAGCGACGGCGGCUGGAGCGGCUCGCCGCCGCGCGCCGACGGCGGCCCCGCGCGGCGGCGGGGCCCGCAGCGGUCGUCGUCGUUCCUCGAGCGCGGCGGCGCGUCGACGCCGUCCUUCGACGAUUAUGAUGAUGACGACGCGGGGCGCAAGGCCGCGUCGCAGAAGCGCGCGGUCGCCUUACUCGUCUUCGCGAUCACGCUCCACAACUUCCCCGAGGGCCUCGCCGUGGGCGUGGGCUUCGGCGGCGCCGCGGCGGACCUGCCGGGCGCGUCGCGCGCCAAGGCGCUGAACCUCGCGCUGGGCAUCGGCCUCCAGAACUUCCCCGAGGGCCUCGCGGUGUCGAUGCCGCUCCGACGGAGCGGCAUGCCAGCGUCGCGCGCGUUCCUCUUCGGCCAGCUCAGCGGCGUCGUCGAGCCCGUCGGCGGCGUCCUCGGCGCGGCCCUCGUGCUCGUCGUCACGCCCGUGCUCCCCUACGCCCUCGCCUUCGCCGCGGGCGCCAUGAUCUACGUCGUCGUCGACCAGCUCAUCCCGGAGUCCCUCGAGGGCGCGCACUCGACGACGGGGAACAAGCAGCAGACGCUCUCCUUCCUCUUCGGCUUCGGCCUCAUGAUGACCCUCGACGUCGCCCUCGGCUAG